UCAAAGUCCUGACUUUUUAAAAAGAUACAGGAUGAAUAUCUUUUCAAUAAAUGAUUAGAAACAAUAUACGUUUGUUUGACAUCUAUCUCUUUUGUAUAAUGAACCUUGACUGAUGAUAUUACUGGAUGUUCUGGCAAACUGCAAAGAAUGAGAUGACAAAACAAAAUUCUAAAGCUAAGUAUGGUUUGUUCACUGCAGUUAUGUACAAUAAGUGCUACUGUUCUUUGUUAACCUUUUGAAAAGGUUUUGUCCAACAGUGUUUGAAGUAAAACAGCCUCUCUAAGGUCUUUUCGGGGGAACAGCGGUAAAUGUGGACAACCCUCAAUGCUCUAUGGGCUUCUAUGGUAUGUUGCUGGGUCAGGCUGUUUUCACAAAGGGGCCAUUUGCUUGCCAGGUAUAAAAAGGAAGGUUUCCAACAUGUAGACAAGCAGUUCAGCUCCAAGAGCAGCACCAGCACCAACAGCAGCAGUAGCACCGCCUCUGGUUACAACACCCGGCAAAGAUGACCUCCAGCAACAUGAACAUGAUGAGCAAGAUCAUCUUCUACGAGGACAGGAACUUCCAGGGCCGCUCCUACGAGUGCAUGAGCGACUGUCCCGACAUGUCCUCCUACCUGAACCGCUGCCACUCCUGCAGGGUGGAGAGGGGCUGCUUCAUGGUCUAUGACCGCACCAACUUCAUGGGAAACCAGUACUUCAUGAGGAGGGGCGAGUACGCUGACUACAUGAGCAUGAUGGGCAUGAACGACUGCAUCAGGUCCUGCCGCAUGAUCCCUAUGCACAGAGGCUCCUACAGGAUGAGGAUCUACGAGAGGGAGAACUUCCAGGGACAGAUGUACGAGCUAAUGGAGGACUGCGAGAACAUCAUGGACCGCUACAGUAUGUCCAACUUCAUGUCCUGCAAUGUGAUGGAGGGCCACUGGCUGAUGUACGAACAGCCCCACUUCAGAGGAAGGAUGAUGUACAUGAGGCCCGGAGAGUACAGGAACUUCAUGAGCAUGGGCUGGAGCGGCAUGAGGUUCAUGAGCAUGAGGCGCAUUAUGGAUUCCUGCUACUAGAUAAUG